UCAACGGUGCACCUGCGAACCACGGACUGGGAUUGACUGCUGCUGCUGCUGCUGCUGCUAUCAACGCCUCUACUAACAGCAAUAACAUGGAUCUACGGCACCUUCUUCUAUCAAACCUGCCGAGGUUGAGUCCGACAGCUUACGAGCCCUGCGCUGGGACCGAGGCACAGACCGAGGUGGCUGACGGAGGCUCGUAGGCAGCCAGCAGCCAGCAGCCACUGUUAUCUUUCUCUUCCUCCUCCCCAAAUCUGGAAAAGACUCAACAGUCUCAACAUCGCCGUGGCUCCGACAGCCUCUUCUUAAGCCUCCGCUCUUCCUGUUUCUUCUCCUGUCUCUUCUGUCUAUCUUCUCCUGUCUCUGUCAAACAAUAUCUCCAUCCAAAAAUGGACCACCGCAUCAUCGUCCUCCUCGCUGCCUUCGUGCUCUACCGCAUCCUCGCGCGUAUCCAGCAGAAACUCGCUCUUGCUAAACUAGCCCGCGAACGAGGUGCCCAACCCGCCCCCUGGUUCCCCUCCGACGUCGUCGGCCUCUCGACUUUCAAAGCCCUCACCGCCGCCGCAAAAGAAGGCACCACCCUCGAUCUCUCCGACCGCUGGUACAAGGAGCACAGCAAGACCUUCUGGAAGCGCACCCUCAUGUCCGAUGUCAUCAACACCUGCGACCCCGACAACAUCCGCGCAAUGCUGGCGACCCAGUUCGAGGACUUCGAGCAGGCCACCACCGGCGCGUACGGCAUCCUCCUCGGCCGCGGCAUCUUCACCGCAAACGGCGCUACCUGGAGUCACACGCGCUCGCUCCUGCGACCCCAAUUCACGAGACAGCAGGUCGUUGCCGAUCUUGCGUCGUCGAUGGAGGUCCACGUCAAGAACUUUAUGGAGUGGGUGCGCGAGGCCGACGGCAUGCCGCUCGAGAUGCACGAUAUGUUUUCAAAGCUCACGCUCGAUGCCUCGACCGACUUUUUGUUUGGCGAGUCGCUCGACAGUCUCGUCAAGAACAAACCUGACUCGCACAUGGAUGAUUUUAGAGAACAGUUCUCGUCCGCGUUCAGGAUCGCUCAGGAGGGACUACACAAGCGUGUUAUUGCCCAGGGUCUCUACUUCCUUGUGCGUCCAAAGCAGUUGACGGACGCGAUCAAGACCGUGCACGCGUUCGUCGAUUACUACGUGCAGAAAUCGCUUGAACACAACAAGAACGAGAAAGGUGAGACCGACGACACCCGCUACGUCUUCCUCCGUGAGCUCGCAAAGGAUACCCAGGACCCCAUCGAGUUGCGCGACAACAUGCUCAGCGUCAUCCUCGCCGGUCGCGAUACCACUGCCUCGCUCCUAACCUGGACGUUUUACCUACUUGCCAGACACCCCGACAUUGCCGCCAAACUGCGCGAGGAGAUCCUCGCCACGUACGGUCCUGCUGGCGACAGCAAGCCCGUCACUUUCGAGACCCUGAAAGGCAUGGUCUACCUCCGCGGCGUCAUCAACGAGGCCCUGCGUCUGUUCCCGCCCGUGCCGCUCAACAUGCGUCGCGCAAACAAAGACACCACUCUCCCACGCGGCGGCGGCCCCGACGGCCUAUCGCCCAUCGUUCUUCCCGCUGGCACCACCGUCGUCUACUCUGUCGGCGCCAUGCACCGCCGACCAGAGUACUUUGGUGCCGACGCGCUCGAGUUCAAGCCCGAGCGCUGGUCAACCGGCAAGUCAUGGACAUGGGAAUUCUUGCCCUUCAACGGCGGCCCGCGCAUCUGCUUGGGUCAGCAGUACGCCUUGACUGAGGCCGGCUACGUCAUUGUCAGACUGCUGCAGGAGUAUGAUACGGUCGAGAACGCCGACAGUGUCGAGAAGGACGCGAGAAAUGGGGGCAUGCCGUAUAGACAUAUGGCGAUGACUAUGUGGAAUAACUCAGGUGUCAACGUUAUUUUCAAGAACUCAAAGUGAUCCCUGUUGCUGUUUUAUUGCUGAAUUGCUCGAAUUGUCGAUGCCUUUACAUGAUCCUAUCGACGCGUUAUAGACUACA